AUGCUGCUGCCCCUGCACAAGCUCAGCAAGCGCUACACGUGGGUGCCGUACCGUCGACUGCGUCACGGCGCAGUCAUCGGCGUGCUCGUGGCUCUCGUGCUCCUGUUCCUGCUCUUCUCUCGGUCGUCCCUCCCGCCGUCUCCAGAGAUCGUCCACCAGUCACCAGACGUCGGUCCAAAGCAUCCCGCGGACAUCGCAGUGGGACCCGAAGCCGACAGAGGCGACGACCAGAACGGAGAAGGAGUCGAAGAAAUGGCUGCAGAACCUGGGGACGUGACGAUGGACGCUGGAGACGAGUUGAAGCUGUCCGAGACCACGUCAAAUGUGCCGCUAGGGCUGCGACUGCUGCUGCCGCUGGUUGCGGGCUUUUGCUUUGGGUUUUUGGGAUCUGUACCCAUUGCUGGACCCACGUCAGCGAUGGUACUCAAGUUGGGUAUACAGGGGAAGUAUACGGCGGGACUGACAAUUGCAGUGGGUGGAGCCAUAGCCGAAGCGACCUACGCUGGCGUCGCGUUCUGGGGGUUUGGCAGCUUUUUGGCUGGUGCCAAGUUCUUACUGCCAGUGUCCAAGGUGCUUGGAGCGAUCAUGUUCACACUGAUUGGGUUGAUGUUUCUAAAGGCGGAUAUGAAGCCGUCACUUGACCCGGAUGUCGAAGCUUCUCAUGGUAAAGCAGUGCGAAGACCACACGGAGAGGUUUUUAAAAACGUCCUGAUGGGACUUACAAUGUCUGGGAUCAACCCGGCGUUGCUUGCGUCUUAUACUGGCGCUAUUGCAUCAGUGUACGGCACUGGCAUGCUUGAGUUCACGCUGGCCCUGGCCGUCGUAUUUGCCAUCGGCGUAUACUGUGGUGUUUCAACAUGGUUUUACUUGCUGCUUUCCCUCUUGAAAAAGUACAAGCAGCGCCUGAACAACCACACCAUUGACUCAAUAAUGCGUGGUUUGGGCUGUUUUCUGCUCGCAAUUGGUCUCUUUUGCGCGAAGUCAUCGUUGGAUUACUUUUUGUUGACCCCACCGGCUGAUGCCAAGGAGACGUGA